AUUAGAUAAAUGCUGCUUUCUGUAAUAUUUUCUAUGUAGCUCUGGAUUCAGCAGAACAUCUCGCACAUCCUGCCGUCCAAAUGUCUCGUCGACGUGUCACACAGACGUUCGCGUUCCCCAGAGGACGAAUCCUGACGACUUCUGCGAUGCCCCGAAGUCUCCUGCAGCGCCACCGUCAGGCCGACAUUAGAACAACGCUGCUGCACUACGUUGUUUGCUGCUGCUUAUUCCCCGUCACCGUCUGUCUUCACCUUCCUCCCUCGGACUGGCGUGAACGCGAGUUAAACUGAAAUCACAUUUUGUUAAAAUCACCUCGAAGCUGCAGAACGAGCAGCAGAGAUCAACAUGUGACACUCGAGCCUCUCUCUCUCUCUCUCUCUCUCUGGUUCUAUAUUUAACCUGCAGGCUCGCUCACACAUACUCGACAUAACCGAGGCAGCUGACAGACGACGAGCAGGAUGGAGGAGGAGGCUCCAUCCCGGCGCUCUGUGGCUGAACUUGCAGGACGAUUCAAAGGCUCGGCUCCUCCGCACGAUGCUGCUGGAAACGAAACGGACAAGCCGGUCAGACGACGACCUCCUCGCUCCUUACAGCUCGCCAAAACACACGGAGACGAGCAGGAGCAGCCUCCAGGUGUCACCUCUCCUCUACCUGCCAAAGCCAAGAGGAACUCUGCUCUGAUCGAGAAGCUCCAGGCCAACCUCGCUCUCUCUCCCACGGCCCUGCUGCCCUCUCCAAAGAGCCCCGGCUUCAGGCUGCUGCCGCCCGCCUUCCCUGCGCCCUCCGUCCGGCUCCGCCCCGGUUACCACAGCAACCGCCUCUUCCACGGCGACCCCCACCAGCCCUGUCACGGCCUCUCCGUUAACUGAAGAGGAAGGCCCAGCCUCCUUUGAGGCCCCUCCCACUGUGGUGGAGGGGUCCAUCCUGUUGAACAUCAACAA